UACUCGUGGCAUGGAACCCGGGUGUUUUCCCACUGUAAAUUCUUCAAGGACAGAACUGGAAAACAGGGAUCUCUCUGCCAAUCUCUCUCUGUCCGUGCACAACAAGGGAAAAUGGAAAUGGUCAUGGACUAAGUUCUAUCAAUUUUUGGUGAGUAAAAAUAAUAAUAUAAAUUGUAAGAGUGGAUUGUGAAGAGAAACCAAAGAAAAGCUCUUGAGACUGUUAGGUUGCAUCUGUUAUCUGUUCACGACCUCUCUUUGAGAAAAGCAAGCAUCAACAUCAUGGAUUCGUUGGAUCGUCACCAAAAUUUGACUCAAACCUGAUUUUAAAAUCAACCCUGUCUGUUUCGUUCCAAAAAAAAGGAAGAAAAGUUUCUUGCGUGAAGCGGGUGAAAAAACGCCACAAUCACCCAAUCUUCUACAUGGGUAGAAGAAGAUGAGAAGAACCAAACCUGGGUUCAACAACACGUGGGUAGAUGAAGAAGAUGAGAAGAAGACCCCUUCAUGCUUUGUUCGUGAGUGGACAUGUCGUUUGGGUUAAACAUAAAACGUGCCGUUUCAAUUUUUCCACGUGGAGGGACGGGUACGCGGGGGGGUUCCCACGCCGUGUGCAACUAGACUUUUUGAUAUAUUUGUGCGACUUAUUACGUACAGGGCAGCAAGUGGUGGUGCGAGGACGUGUGCUGCUAGCUUCUAAUUCUCAUCCGUCAAAGCUCUUUGUCUUUGGGGAUUCAUAUUCAGACACAGGCAACACCAACAAAACUCAGUCCGCUUGGAAAUAUCCCUAUGGCAUCACCUUUCCUGGUAAACCGGCCGACCGUUUCUCCAGUGGCCGUGUCCUGACAGAUUUCAUCGCUAAGUCCAUAGGACUAAAGAGGACUCCGAUAACAUAUAGACAGAGGAAUAUUGAGACCUCAUUGUUGACAUAUGGAAUGAACUUUGCUUAUGGAGGAACGGGUGUGUUUGAGACAUUAUUGAAAUCUGGCCCAAACAUGACCACCCAAAUCGGUUUCUUCCAAAAUCUUAUCAGAGACAAUGUUUUUACCGCUGCAGACCUAGAGUCUUCCAUGACCCUUGUCACUCUAGCUGGCAAUGACUUCUCUACUUACAUUAUCAGGAAUGGAUCUGCCCAGGGUUGGAAGCCUUUCAUUACAGCAGUGGUCAAUCAACUCACUAUCAACUUGAGACGUAUUCAUGGCAUGGGAGUUAAAAAAAUAAUUGUGAACGCUUUACAGCCUUUAGGAUGCGUCCCUUCAAAGACAGCCAUAUCCUCAUUCCAACAAUGCAAUGAAACGGAAAACUCUCUCGUCGUUUUCCACAACCUGUUGUUGCAGCAAGCCGUGGCAAAGUUAAACAGCGAAGCCAAGGAUUCUUAUCCUUUUGUCAUUCUUGAUCUUUAUGACUCCUUCCUCUCAGUAAUCAAGAACAAAGGAGGUACACAGUUUGAGAACCCACUGAAGCCAUGUUGUUUUGGUAUAAGCAGCAAAUACAACUGUGGGAGUGUAGAUGAAAAUGGGGCCAAGAAAUACACAGUUUGUGAGGACCCAGAAUCAGCAUUCUUCUGGGACGGAGUUCAUCCUACUCAGGCGGGAUGGACUGCUGUGUAUUCUGCUUUGAGAGCCACUGAUCUCCAACAUUAACUUCAUUAGAUUCACCAAAAAGAAGGGAGGAAAAUGCAUGUUGUACGUGGUAAUAUUAUUGUUCGUAUUGUUUUAUGUAAUUCCUAGCUAUUUUCUGUCGUCCCGCGUAUCGUCUUUGUUGUAUUGAAUAGCUGGCUGCAGGGUUCUAUCUCCUGUUGGUUUGCGCUGCUAUUAUAUAUAUAGGAGGUGAUGCUUGGAGUCCAUGCCACUAUCUAUAUAUAUAUCAUGAG